AUGGCAGUUUCUUCAGGCACUGUAUUUAGAAUCAACCAGCACCCAAGUUCUCCAUACAUGAAAACUCCAAGAUUUUACAACUUCACAAAGAAAAAAUUUCUUGUAAAAGCUUCUGUGAAUGGCUCAGAUGAAAUCAAUGGGAAGAUAGUAAGAAAGGAAGAAAAAGAUAGUUUGCAGAUUGAUUUUUCAGGUGAAAAGCCACCUACACCAUUUUUGGAUACAAUCAAUUAUCCUAAACAUAUGAAGAAUCUAUCAAAAAUGGAUCUUGAACAGUUAGCUGCAGAACUAAGAGCAGAGAUUGUGUAUUCAGUGGCAAAAACCGGAGGUCAUUUGAGUUCAAGUUUAGGUGUUGUGGAUUUAACUGUGGCUUUGCAUCAUGUUUUUGAUACUCCUGAGGAUAAAAUUAUAUGGGAUGUUGGUCAUCAGGCAUAUGCACACAAAAUCUUGACAGGAAGAAGGUCUAAAAUGCAUACAAUGAGAAAGACUUCAGGGCUAGCACCUUUUCCUAAAAGGGAUGAAAGUGUUCAUGAUGCAUUUGGUGCAGGGCAUAGUUCAACAAGCAUCUCCGCUGGUCUUGGCAUGGCGGUUGCUCGAGAUCUUUUAGGGAACAACAACCAUGUCAUAUCUGUAAUUGGAGACGGAGCCAUGACUGCAGGACAAGCAUACGAGGCCAUGAAUAAUGCAGGAUUCCUUGACUCGAAUCUGAUAGUCAUAUUGAAUGAUAAUAAACAAGUUUCUUUACCGACCGCAACUUUAGAUGGCCCUGCAACUCCAGUAGGAGCCCUCAGUAGUGCCUUAAGCAAACUCCAAGCUAGUCUUAAGUUUAGGCAACUCCGCGAAGCUGCAAAGACUAUAACAAAGCAAAUUGGACCUCAAGCACAUGAAGUUGCAGCUAAAGUUGAUGAAUAUGCAAGGGGAAUGCUUAGUGCAUCUGGUUCCACACUUUUUGAGGAGCUAGGAUUAUAUUACAUCGGUCCAGUAGACGGACACAAUAUCGAAGACUUGAUCACUAUUUUAGAGAAGGUAAAAGCAUUGCCAGCACCAGGACCAGUUCUAAUUCACAUUGUAACAGAGAAAGGGAAAGGUUAUCUUCCUGCAGAAGCAGCAGACGAUAAAAUGCAUGGGGUGGCACAGUUUGAUCCGAAAACAGGAAAGCAAUUUAAGGCCAAGUCGCCUACGUUGACAUAUACUCAGUACUUUGCUGAAUCACUGAUUAAAGAAGCCGAAAAUGAUAACAAGAUUGUAGCUAUCCAUGCUGCAAUGGGUGGUGGAACCGGCCUCAAUUAUUUCCAAAAACAAUUUCCAGAACGUUGUUUUGACGUUGGCAUUGCUGAGCAACAUGCAGUUACUUUUGCAGCAGGCUUAGCUACAGAAGGUCUAAAACCAUUUUGUGCUAUCUACUCCUCGUUCUUACAACGAGGCUACGAUCAGGUGGUGCACGAUGUGGAUCUUCAGAAGUUACCUGUCCGGUUUGCAAUGGACCGAGCUGGUUUGGUAGGUGCAGACGGUCCAACGCAUUGUGGAGCAUUCGAUGUGACAUACAUGGCUUGUUUGCCAAAUAUGGUAGUCAUGGCUCCAUCGGACGAAGCAGAGCUAAUGCACAUGGUUGCAACAGCAGCAGCUAUUGAUGAUAGGCCUAGUUGUUUCCGAUUUCCUAGAGGAAAUGGAAUUGGUGCAAUUCUUCCUCUAAACAAUAAAGGCAUACCAAUUGAGGUCGGUAAAGGAAGAAUACUGAGAGAAGGUGAAAGAGUUGCCAUUUUGGGAUAUGGUUCGAUAAUACAACAAUGUUUGGGAGCUGCAGACAUCCUAAACUCCCAUGACAUAAGAGUAACAGUAGCUGAUGCUAGGUUCUGCAAACCAUUGGAUGCUGAUCUUAUUAGGAGUUUAGCCAAAGAACAUGAAAUCUUGAUCACUGUCGAAGAAGGAUCAAUCGGAGGAUUUGGCUCACACGUGUCUCAUUUCUUAAGCCUAAACAGCAUUUUGGACGGACCCCUUAAGUUGAGGUCAAUGUUACUUCCAGAUAGAUACAUUGAUCAUGGUUCACCAGUUGAUCAAAUUGAAGCAGCUGGUUUAUCAUCAAGACAUAUUUCUUCUACAGUUCUAACAUUAUUGGGAAGGCCAAAAGAAGCUAUGGUAGUAAACUAA